AUGCAGGCCUACAAGGUCACAGCUGCGCGUCCCACGACCUCUAUGACUCGCUGUGCCGCGGCCAAGGCCCCUGCCCGGCGCCCUGCCGUCGUGUCGCGAAGCUCCAGCGCCGAGGCGCGCCCGGCCACCUCGCCUGCCGGUCUCGCCAGCGGCGCCGCUGCGCUGGGCUUGGUCCUCGGUAUCAUGAUCUCGCCAGCGCCCGCAUUCGCCGACGGUGAUGCGCCCGUGCCUGCCACCACUGAGGAGGUGAUUGCUGCGCCCGCCGACGCCGCCGACGCGGCCAUCACCUCUGCCGCCGACGCGGAUGCAACGCCCGCCGUUGCGGAGGUGGCCGAGGCGCCAGCCCUUGCUGACGAGGCGCCUGCCGUCACUGACGAGGCGCCGCCCACUGCGGAGGAGGCGCUCGCGCCGGCGGCGGCGGACGAGGGCGCCGUCGGCGCCGGCGACGGGGAGGGCGACGCCGCCCCCAUAAUCGCAGCCGACGAGCUCGCAGCGGCGGCGCCCGCUGCUGCGGAGAUUCUCAACGAAAAGGAGGAGUUCAUCCAGGAGCAAAGGGCCGAGGUUGAGUACAAGCUGGAGCAGGGAGAGAUCGCCCGCAGGGCAGAGAUCCUCGGAAAGAAGCAGGCGGUGGAGCGCGAGCUGGAGGAGGUGGAGGACGUCAUCCAGCGCAAGCUGAUCGAGGAGGAUGCGGCCCUGGUGGAGGCGGAGAAGAAGGGGGAUGAGAAGGCGAUAGAGUUCAUCGAGGACCAAAAAGAGAAGAUCAAGGACCAGGAGGCUGCUAUCAGGAAUGCGGCCAGCCAGCUGAAGGCCCGGCUCGACAAGAUCGACAUCGUGGAGAAGGCCCGGGAGAUCGGCCUCAAGCAGCAGCUGGACAAGGCGACCGCGUCGGUCAAGAAGCUGCUGGGCCUGGAGUGA